UAGCAUUUAAUUUAUGAGAUGAUAUUAUUAAUAUUGUGGAAUUAAAACCCAUUCACAAUUUUCGCUAUACAAGGUGGAAAUGCAAAAAAAAAUGUUGUAGACUAAAUUAAUGUCAGAUGGGUAUGGAAUUAAUGAAGAUAAUUAGAGAAGGUUACAUAUGUGGUUCUUUCUGAAUAGACACUCUAUAAUUUUUAUAUUUAUAUGCAUAUAAUUAAUAUUAAUAAAGUGCCGCUAUGAAAAUAUUAGAUGACAUCAAAUAAUAAGUAGAGAAAGAAAUGUUAAAGUUUGAUCCACGAUUAGCGUAAAAGAAAUAUUUAAAGGUGACACAAUCAAUUAAGGAUUUGUUUCUGAAAGCUGUAGUUUCUGAAAAGUAAACGAUAAAAUCGGUGCUAUAUAUAUUUUUAAUAUAUGAUAGGCUGCUAAUUCUAUAGGUAUAAAUUACUCCUCUGCGAAAGCGAUUUGGGCAGAAUUUAGAAGGAAGAAAUAGAAGAAGCAUAAAGAGGAAUCUGAUUAGAAAAUAGAAAAUUAAUUAGUUAAGAGAUGCUCCUAUAAAAUUUUAAAUGGUUGUAAUAAGAUAAAGAAAUUUUUUAUGGAAAUAAAAUGUAGUGUAUCAUAGAAUAUGAAUUCAAGUCUUUUUUGUAAGUUGGACUCUCACAUUUGA